AUGAUUCUAUUCCCCCGGGGGACGCGCGCGUCGCAACCUCCUGAUGGAGCGUCGUCCGAUGGACUUCCAUCGUCGGGCUGAUAUUGCGCCACGUCACCCACGCGCGGACAGGGCGUUACUCCUAUCCCGCAUUUGCUGCAUCCCACCCACCACCUGGUCGAGACGGCGUGGGGGCUCGUGGGUUUCGUGGUGGAGAGGUUGGCGACGGCGGAGCGAAUCCGCGCGCCGCCGACGGUUCCUGCCACCGGAGAAGACGACGCGCUCCUCCGCUUCCUCCGGUGUUCUUCAAGGGAAUCUUCGCCGGCAUUCGAUUCGAGUCGUUCCGAGGAAUUUCUGCCUGUGCAAUCAUGGCUGAAGAUGGGAUUGGUCAUUGGGUUUCCAAGGAUCGUUUUGCUGCAAAGCGUCUGCAUGCUCUUGCUGCAGAGCUCGAUGAUCCGAAGAGACGUAUUAUUGAAGAGCAGAGUGCAUUUAGAGCAUUGUUGAAUGUAUCUCCAUUCAACAUUCCUAAUGCUCUAAUAGACUUUGUUGCCUCUCAUACUAGCCCUGGUUUGCGGGAGUUCAAGUUCCACAAGAAGAGGAUAGUUUUCACAAAAGAUAUGGUGAGGAAAGUUUUUGGAAUUCGAUGCGGCGACAGACUUGUUGUUCAGAAGAAAGGUGAGCAUCCUCAGCUGCGGCAGAUAUACAUAGAAGAAGGACAAUCAAGGCCUUUCAUCCGAGCAUGCCGUUAA